AUGUCAGAAAAUUAUAAUAGAAGUGGUUUUGUUGCAUCAAAUGAUCCUGAAUUGUUUCCACCAAGUAAAUGGAAUGCAAAUGUCUCUGUGAGUUUUGAUGAUAAUGUAGUACCUGAAACACAAUAUAGUAUUUCUGAUUUUCGAUAUGUUUCUCCAUACAAGAGAGAUGAUGCAGUAAUUCAUUUUGAUUUAAAUGGUAAAUCUUUCUUUAAAAAAGUUUUUCAAGCUUUUCCGCUAUCAAAGACUAUUCAAUUUCAUUUUAAUGAAAAACAGAUUGAUACGAUUAUUGAACAAACCAGAACUCACUCAUUUUCAGUAACAAUUGAUAAAGAUAUAUUUGAUAAUUAUAGUACUAAAUCAUCUGAUAUUCUUUUGAGUAUAUCAUCAAAGUUAUUUCUUCAUAUUAUAAAUGAACUUAAAAAAGAAAAUGAUUUAAUGCGAUUUUUUUACAAUGGUGACGGUUCUGAUUUGAUAGUCGAUAUUUUAGGAAGUGGUGAAUUUAAAUCACAGUACAUUCCUACUAUUUCUUGUUAUGAAUAUAGAAAAUUAAGUUCAUUGGAUGUUGAGAAAGAGCUUGAAAUUAUUAUAAGUCCUUUAUUGUUGUUAAGAGUUUUAAAGUCAACAGAUAAACAAAUGAAAGUAAUAGGAUUCAGUUUUUUAUGUGAUUCAUUUGAGAUAAUUUUAAAAACUAAAAGUGCCAUAAAAGUAGUUAAUGUUUGUUACUCAGAUUCUGUUUAUGUUUACAAAGUAACUCGUUUGAAAGAUAUCAAUCUAAGUUACCCAAUAAGCCCAUUUUACAGAGUGCAAAAAGCCUUGAAAAUAAGUAAUGAAGUUAAUAUAAGUAUUUAUAAAAAUGGUUUAAUUGAUAUUACUGUACUUAUUAAAAGUAUAAAGGAUAAUGUUGCAGCAUUUAAAUUAUACGUUGUUCCUCAAGUUGAUGUCGACAUAUGA